UCUCCCCCCUCCUUCGCUUUUCUCCUUUUCUUUCCAGACAUGCAAAAUUUCUGUGUGCAGCCAUAGAUGUGUCUCUCAGCCACACCGCCUCUGCCUUUCCUAUUCCAGAUGCUGACAGGCUCUGAAUCAGUAGACACAGAAGAGAAGCAGCUCUUCCCCAUAUCUGCUUGGAAACUGGACAGGGAACGAAUAACAGAAGGGAAGAAAGAGCAAAGUUGGUUAUUUUUCUGGCACAUGGAUGCAAUUAUGCAGCGCACAUUCCAGAGGCGUUACUUUGAAUCCUGAGCAGGUCUGCUUGCCAUUCCUGCGUGGAAAGACAUUUUUUAAAAAGGGAAGAAAAGUCUCUCUCACAGAGACGGAAUGUCUGCGCUUUCCAUCUUGUUUCUAGCGUCCUGUUCAGCUUGGAUGUCACAGGCUCAAACAGAAUUUAAAAGAGUGGCCGAAGCAAACGUGACUCUGCCCUGUCAUCACCGGCUGCACGAAAAGCCAACAAGUCUGGACAUUGAAUGGCUAUUAAAAGAUUCUGAGGCUGAACCAAAAGUGGUGAUCACUUAUGCAGGAGGCAACAUCUAUAAUGACUUGAUUGAGGAACAAAAGGGUCGUGUUUCAUUUGCUUCCAAUUUUCUGAAAGGGGAUGCCUCUUUGGAGAUUUCUCUCCUGCAGCCGAGUGAUGCUGGGCAAUACACAUGCAAAGUUAAAAACGCUGGACAGUAUGAGUGGACCCAUAUCACUCUGAAGGUUCUGGAAAAACCUUCCAAACCCAAAUGCUGGAAAGAAGGAGAGAUGUCCGAAGGAAAAGAAAUUGCUUUACAAUGCAAUUCAGUCACUGGGACUACGCCUAUAAUGUACACUUGGCAACGUAUAGAUGAGGAGGGAAAAACUGGGUAUUUGCCACCCAUGGCACAUAUUAACCUUUCCAAUCCUGCGCAAAUUUUUAUGAAAAAUCUCACAUGGGUAGCUACAGGCUUAUACCAGUGCACUGCCUCCAAUGAAGCAGGACAGGAGACCUGUGUUGUAGAGGUGACCGUACAGUAUGCACAGAACUUUGGAAUAGUUGCUGGAGCAGUCUGUGGAGUCAUGGGAGGGCUCUCCCUAGUUUUCCUGGCUGUAUGGCUAACCAUCAAGAAGAAAGAGAAGAGGAAAUAUGAAGAAGAAGAGACUCCAAAUGAAAUCAGAGAAGAUGCAGAGGCCCCAAAGGCUCGGUUAGUCAAGCCUGGCUCUUCCUCUUCUGGAUCCAGGAGUUCGCAUUCUGGUUCCUCCUCAACUAGAUCAACAGCAAACAGUGCCUCCCGCAGCCAACAGACGUUGUCAACCGAGGCUACCCCUCACAUAACUCCCACGCAACACGGCCCCAUGGCGAUGGAUGGCAGGGAACCCGAGCCAAAGAAAAUCAACCACACCAACCUGAUCAAAACAGAAGCCACAGCAACGAUGGUCCCUGCUCAAAGUCGGGCUUUCCAGACAGUUUGAUUGCUCUCCGUCUGUUCAGACUCCGGCUAUGUCUAUAACUCACAUAUACCACCAGCAUUGUAUAGUUAGAGUAGCUAAUCUUCCGAGGCAAUAUUUUUUUUGUUCUACACUCACCCACUACACAACAAAAGCUCUUGAUAUUUUCUGCACCAUUUCUAUAUACAGUGGUACCCCGGGAUACGAAAUCACCGCGUUACGAAAUUUCCGGGAUACGAAAAAAUUAGAUAGGAAAAAACUGU